CAUGACUGUUGUUGCAUGUUCACAUGCAUUGUGCUCAGCUGAUACAGUGAUGCAGUAAACCUCUUACGGAGCUGAAGGGUUACCCAAGUCUUGCAACAAUAUACUCACAAUGAUGGAGGAUCAGCCUCCAGCCCUGCUCCCGUCCACUCUCUGAUACCUCACACACUCACGCACAGACAAAAACACACACACACACACACACACACACACACACACACACACACACACACACACACACACACACACACACACACACACAUGUUCACAUGCCCGUCUCCUGCCUGCGAUUAUAAUCCAAAUCUGACUCAAUCAAGCCCACAUUCCUGAGUCGGCCCUGCUGCUUUGUCCCUCACUGCUCUGUUGCUGCAUGACCAAACGGGGCUGUGCCACUGAAGGGACUCUAGCAGAGCAGUGCAGGCUGUGUUUUUUUUUUCUUAUUCAGUUUGGAGGACCUGUAUCAGAAGCUGCCUGGAGCACACACAGAGAGCACUGUCUACACAGGAGUCAUUUCAUGUUACUUCAAAAGGCCUCACAUGGCUGCAACCAAAGACAUCCAGGGAUAAAUCCAACCAAAGGCAUUUUCUCUUCUGGAUUUUGUUUGUUUUUUUCUUCUUACCUUGAGGACACCUAUCUAAAAAAAAAAAGUUGUCCCCAAACAUGGACGACUUCAUCAAUGGUCCCCGCCAGCGCUCGGACAGCAUGAGCAGCUCAGCGUCUCAGAGCUCCAGGUCCAAGACGCUCCUCCGCCAGCGUCUGUCUCAGCUGCUCACCUGCAUAGAGGACAUGAGCUCUGACGAUGAGGCCAGUGAAGAGGUUUCCCGCACGCUAGAUGAAGCCUUUCAGCUGUGUGGGCGCUACAUUCCCUCAGAUGCGUUCAGGCUGCACAUGGUGACCUGGAACGUUGCCACAGCGGAGCCCCCUGAAGACGUCACCGCUUUGCUGCAGCUAGACGUCCAGCCCCCCGCAGACCUCUAUGUGAUCGGCCUGCAGGAGGUGAAUGCCACCCCGGUGAGAUUCAUCUCUGACCUGCUGGUGGAGGACUCCUGGAGCCAUGUCUUCAUGGAUACACUGGCACCCAGAGGCUUCGUUAAGGUCACGUCAGUGAGAAUGCAGGGUUUGCUGCUGCUGGUUUUUGCCAAACAAGCUCAUCUCCCCUUCAUCAGAAACAUCCAGACCACCUACACUCGCACCGGCAUCUUUGGCUACUGGGGUAACAAAGGAGGAGUGUCCGUGCGUUUCUCCUUCUACGGUCACAUGGUGUGUUUCCUCAACUGCCACCUCGCCGCUCACAUGAACUACGCUCUGCAGCGUGUCGAUGAAAUUGAGUACAUCCUUGAGAACCAAGAGUUUGACAUGUCGGACACGCCCUACGUCCGCGACCACAAGGUGGUGUUCUGUUUUGGCGACCUGAACUUCCGUAUCUCAGACCACGGAUUGCACUUCCUCCGCUCGUCCAUCAACGGCGGACGUCUUCAUUUGCUGUGGGGCAAAGACCAGCUCAUCAUGAUGAAGAAGAAGGAACCUUUCCUACAGGAAUUUGAGGAAGGGCCAUUAAACUUCAAACCCACCUACAAGUUUGACCGUAACGCUGACACCUAUGAUACCAGCACUCCGAAGACAUGGUUGCGUUUUAAUGGCAAGAAGAGGAAACCGGCAUGGACAGAUCGGAUCCUGUGGCGCAUCAAGCCCAAAAGUCCUCCGUCAGGGGAUUUUGAUGAUGAUGAGAUGGCGUCGACAUCUACUGAUGAAGAAAUCGAUGAGUACCCACUCCUGGUCACACAGGACAAAUACACCAGUGACAUGAGCUAUGGGGUCAGUGACCACAAGCCUGUCAUUGGAACCUUCAGCUUGGAGCUGAGGAAGCACUUUGACACCUCACUCGUGCACAUUUCUCCUCUGGGUGUAUGGAGCGCCGACCAGGAUGCACUUCUCACUUACACUGUCCAAGAGGACUUUGAGUCCUCCACAUGGGACUGGAUUGGCCUCUACAAGGUGGGAUUCAAGAGUGCGUCCGAUUAUCAAACCUUUGCUUGGGUCAGAGAGGUAGACCUGCCUGAAACAAAUGAAGUCAUACAGAUAUCUGUGGAUAAGGACGAGGUCCCUCUGCUUGGUGGGCAGUAUGUUUUGGGUUAUUACAGCACCAAUUUGCAGAGCAUCAUUGGCCUCAGCGCUAACUUCCAGAUCCUGGAGUCAAAGCGUGCCGUCAUGGAAGGCCUCGUUCCUGAGAACAGCAACGGGAUUGACAAAUAAAGAUAUAAUCAGCCUUGUGCCACAUCUAUAUCUCUCCCAAGAAAUGUUUAAAAGAAAAAAAAUCAAACAUAAAAAAAAAAUGCCCCAAGAUCAAGUCCAUCGUUUACUGGUGAAGAAGCCGAGAAUGACCACCACAGAUUGUGUUUCGUCUGGUAACUUCAACUUGUUGUUUCCAGCUUUGCCUUUAAGGGGUUCACAUUACGUAGAACUGACUCUUGCUGGAAUCGUUUUUUUCUACAAAGAAAGCUUAUCGCUGUAAUGAGUCACUAGACAAGCGUAUCCACAGGCCCUCUCUGCAUGUUACAGCAGAAACUACAGGCCAAAACAAUGUGUGUGAAAGUAGUGGACAUGCACUGCAGGUCAUAACAGGUCUUGGAGAAGUUAUAUUUUGAGAUUGAUUUGAAUGUUUUAUUUUUGUCUACAGUGCAGAGGGUUGUACAAUACAAAGUAGAGGGAAUGCUAUGUUGAUGCGGGCCAUCUGAGGUAACAAUGCAGAAAGAUGCUACGUGUAUUUGACUUUUGAAGUCUUGCUAUUCUUAUUUUGAACAACUGUUGGACCCAAGUGGGAGAAAGAUUGAAAAUAGAACGGGGACGUUGAUGUAGACUGCAGUCAGUUAUGAUUAUAUUAAGAAUGUUUUUAAUGUAUAUGUGAUUAUAUAAGCCUAAUGUAUACCCCAAAAGGCUCUAAAGUAGGGAGCAAAAUCAGAACAAUAUUAUAUUUUGUAAUGAAGAAGGACUUAAAGUUUCUAAAGACUUUGAUUAUUAUUCAUCUCAGUUGUUUCCCACAUGAAUGUUUGGCAGGAUGCCUUUAUAUAUUCAAACGCAAAGUGAUGAUUGUUGCUCAAAUAAAAUAAAAGUAUCACAUUUCUGUGUUUUGUGUGUAAGCAUGCUUAAGUGAAAUCAUGUUUGUUUGGUUGGGUGAUUGAUGUAUUGAUUGAUAGAGUGGCCAACAUCACAGCAGCAGAACAUAAUCUGCACAUGUGUACGUGUACUGGCAUUACGUUCUUCAUUAUCAAAAUGAAAUAAAUGAAGGAGAUACUUCUUAAA